UGUGAGUUAUGGCUGAACAGUGGAGCACAAUUUUUCGGAACCAUGCUGCUGGACUGCGUGGAGAUCAGUGGACGCUUGAGCUGGACGACUCUAUUAAGCCAGGCCAACAAGGGCACGGCUGGAACCAGUACAUCCAAAGUGCAUUUGCAGACUUCGACUGCUCCAUGUGCUCCCACCGGUGGUCCUCCGGCCGAGUCCAGGUGGUCUUCCACUUCACCCUGAACUCAUCACUCCAUCGCGGCACGGUUAAAGUAAGGAGAUUUAGGCAGGAGUGUCGGGAUUGUGGCGAGGACCAGAUGGAGGAACCCAGCUUCUCUUCACAGAACAUCGACGUGAUGCUGGAGAAGCUGAUGAAAAAGAUCAAGAUCAGGUUCUACGGAGAAACUCCACCAGAUUCCAAAAGAGACUUUUACUUUGAUGGCAGAAUCGAAGGACCACAUGAGAGUGAUCACUGUGAGGCCUGCAAGAGUGGCAUUUGCCAACAGGGCUCAGAAUACUACUAGAUGGUCAGUGCUCUAGAAAAGGGCCAGUUUCCCAUAUAGGAAUUAGUCCUAGCCCUAGACUAUAAUUGCCUUUUAAUAAAACAUCUUCAUUUAAAAUUCUGUAGAUUACAAGACUCCAGAGUUAGACAACUGUAAAUUAGGAAAAAAAGCUGGAUUUUAAACUCAAGCAUUAAUAUAGAACUACUUUUGCUUCAUCAAGUUUUAGUGCUGGCUACAAAAUAGUAACAUGUAUAAUACUGUGAAUGGAAAAUUGUUUUCUCAGUGGUGUCUGGGGAAAGCUGUCUCAUUGGUUGGGAUUUUAAUGGUAGAAUUGAUGCUGCAUUUAUGUGUUUAUCAGAAGAUUCUUUAUAACAGAUAAUAAACUGGUAAAAACAACUUCACUCCAUUCAGAUACUAACUGGAAGAUCUAAUGAAAAUUAAAUAAUAUUAGUCAGCUAUGUAUUGGAGUGUAAUUACACAAAAGAAUAAUUAAAAUCUGAGUUUAAAACAUACAGAACAAGUAAAAUGUUGGUGGUUCUUUACAUCUUGUAAACCUAUGUAUCAUCUGCAGUUCUGAGUUUCUCACUUUUUGAAUCGACAUUAUCAAUGUUCUACUUUUGGACUCUUUCUGGUUUUCUGUUUCUGUCUAAACUGUGCAGCCCAGUACCAAUUCAAAUACUCAUCUAAUAGCUCAUCUCUUUAUUUAUAUUUAGAUAAAAGUUCUGUACUUCUUUGUAUUUACCUUUUUAGUUUAUAUAUAAAUAGUAUUUGAGGUGCAAUACAUAAUGCAGAUAUGGACUUGUAGGGGAUUUAAAGUUACUCAAGUAAAAUUAAUCUAAAUACAUAGAUUUUCUAUCUAUGUAUCUGUUGCUAUACUGUGAAACUGUAUGUGAAUAUGAAUAAAUCUGAUUAUUAUCACACUGUGA